AUGGCCUCCCUGCUCGCCAAGGACGCCUAUCUGCAGAGCCUGGCCAGGAAGAUCUGCUCCCGGCCCGGCCCCGAGCCGCGCCAGCGCAAGCCGGGGGGCAAGACUCAAAGCUCGGACGCUGCCGGACCCCCAAAAAGGAAGAGGAAGCGAGCGCAGAAGAAACCCCGGGAGCAGGGGGAGCAGGCCGUGGAGUCCAAGGCCCGGGCCCAGGGGGAGAAGCCCCGGGCAGCUUCCCAGACCAGGAAGCCCCUGGCAGCCAAGCAGGAGAGGGCCUCUGGCCCCCCCGGGGUCCCUGCAGGCCGCCCCGCCCCGGAGCCUGACUCCCUCUUCGCGCUGGACGUGCUGCGGCUGCGGCUGCAGGAGAAGAUCCAGGAGGCCCGGGGCCAGGGCGGCGCCCAGGAGCUGUCCCCCGCGGCGCUGGAGAAAAGGCGGCGGCGGCGGCUGGAGCGGGACCGGAGGAAGCGGAAGCGGAGGGAGCUGAGGGCCCGGGAGAAGGCGGCCCAGGCCGCGGGGCCCGCGGAGGCUGCGGCGGAGGCUGCGGCGCCGGCCCCCGAGGCACCGGGCCCGGAGGUGGCGCCGGCGGCGCUGCUGUUCAACAAGGUGGAGGCGGCGGCGGAGGAGGCGGCGGCGGCGGGCGGCCCGGCCCGGCGGCGGCGGCGGGAGCGGGGCCCGGCGCCGCUCACCGGCAGGAACUACCGGCAGCUGCUGGAGCGGCUGGCGGCGCGGCGGGCGCGGCUGGCGGCGCUGCGGGCGCGGGACGAGGCGGCGGCGCGGGCGCAGGAGGACCGGGCGCGCUGGGCCUCCGCCCUGCACCGCGCCGAGGGCGUGCGCGUCCGCGACGACGAGCGGCUGCUGCGGGCCGCGCUGCAGCGCAAGGAGCGGCGGCGGGCGCAGCGGCGGCGGCGCUGGGAGCGGCGCGCGGCGCACGUGGUGGGGACGAUGCAGCGGCGGCAGGAGCUGCGCCGCCGGCAUCUGCGCCGGAGGCGGGCGGCCCGCGCCGAGCGGCGGCUGGACAAGGCCCGCCGGCGGGGCCGCGUGCUCCCGCGGGACCUGGAGCGCGCCGGCCUGGCCUGA